AGUCAGGGCGACUAAGGGAAAAGAAAAAGGGGUGCUGGGCCUGGCUGGCUAACCGAGGCUGCGGGUGGCUGGACGGCUCCGUGGAGGUGGUGUCCCUAAGGGCUGCGGGGCAGGGGCGUCCAGGGGUCACGCUACACUCCAGGAAGUGCCUGCUCUAGUGUCCCGCCGGACAAGAUCCGUAGGCUGCAGUCAUGGGCUGCUUUUUCUCUAAGGGGCGGAAGACUGAGAAGGAAUCGCGGCCCGAAAACGAGGAGGAGCGGCCCAAGCAGUACAGCUGGGACCAGCGCGAAAAGGUUGAUAUAAAAGAUUACAUGUUCAACGGGCUGAAAGAUGAAACAGUAGGUCGCCUACCUGGCAAAGUGGCAGGACAGCAGUUUUUCAUUCAGGAUUGUGAAAACUGUAACAUCUAUAUUUUUGACCACACUGCUGCAGUUACUAUUGAUGACUGUACUAACUGCAUAAUUUUUCUGGGACCCGUGAAAGGCAGUGUAUUUUUCCGGAAUUGCAGAGAUUGCAAGUGCACGUUAGCCUGCCAACAGUUUCGUGUUCGGGAUUGUAGAAAGCUGGAAAUUUUUUUGUGCUGUCCCACUCAACCCAUUAUUGAAUCAUCUACAAAUAUCAAAUUUGGCUGUUUUCAGUGGUACUACCCUGAAUUAGCUUUCCAGUUCAAAGAUGCAGGGCUAAGUAUCUUCAAUAAUACAUGGAGUAACGUGCAUGACUUUACGCCUGUGUCGGGAGAGGUCAACUGGAGUCUCCUUCCAGAAAACACGGUGGUCCAGGACUAUGUUCCUAUUCCUACUACAGAAGAGCUCAGAGCUGUCCGGGUGUCCACAGAAGCCAACAGAAGCAUUGUUCCUGUAUCCCGCGGUCAGAGACGGAAAGACAGUGAUGAAUCAUGCUUAGUGAUAUUAUUUGCUGGUGAUUAUACUAUUGCAAAUGCCAGGAAACUAAUUGAUGAGAUGGUUGGUAAAGGCUUUUCCCUAGUUCAGACAAAAGAAGUGUCCAUGAAAGCUGAGGAUGCAAAAAGGGUUUUUCAGGACAAAGCACCUGACUACCUUCCCCUUCUGAGUAAAGGUCCUGUGAUUGCCUUGGAGUUUAAUGGAGAUGGUGCUGUAGAAGAGUGUCGACUUAUUAUAAAUAAGACAUUCAAUGGGACCAAGAUGUUUGUAUCAGAGAACAAGGAGACAGCAUCUGAAGAUGUAGACAACUUCUACAACUUUGUUGAUAUACACAUGGGAAUGUGAAGAGCAAUGUGGAACCAAGGAUUUGGUAUCAAGCCCUUUCCAACUUUCGUGUAUAAAGUUUAAUAAUACGCUUUUGUGUACCAGCAGUGAAUUUUAUUAAUGCUGAAAUUAAGUGUUUUUAAUAACUCAUUGAAUACUGCAUCAUUUUAAUAACUCAUUGAAUACUGCAACUAUCAAAAUAGUUCAAUUAAAUAGUUUAAAUUUUCUUCAAAAACUAUUCAGCCCACUUCAAUAAGC